GGGUUUUUAAAGGCUAUUUUGCCCAGGCGGGCACUGGCGCCAGUCAAAAGGAGCAGUUGGCGCUGAAUGUCACCCUGAAGGUAAAGUGAAAGACAAAAGAUGAACGCAUGCUUGCUUUCCCUUUGCAGCGGCUGCGGCAGCGGCGGGCCGGAGCAGCAGGAUUUAAAGGGGCAAAAAACCCUCCCGCCCAGACACACGCCCAGAGGUGCCCUUUCUGCAAACGCAAUCAUGCCACCCAGUCAUGACCUUGCUGGGAAUCUGGGGGGCUCCUAAAAAAAAUAUAUCGAUUUUUUUUUUUUAAAGCAAGAGAGGGAGGGACGGAGAGAGCGAGAGAAACGCAUGCAAACAGAAACGUGCACAUACCACGUACCCACCCGAGGAGACCCCGGGAGCCUGGCUCUUCUCCGGCCAAGUUAUCAUUGAGAAAACAGACAGGCAUCAUGACGUCCCGGGUCACAGGGAGUGCGGACCGACGCUACCAAGAGCGGAGGGAGGCGCCCGGGCGCUCCGGCUAGCGGCGGGCGCCCCUCGGCCCCUGCAGCCCGGCUCGGGCUGCAAACACGGAUCAGCUGCUCCCGUGUACACACAACCCGGGAGCAGACCAACCGGCACAUUCCCAGCAGCCUCCUGCACCCCGAGACUGUCCGAGACCUCCUCUGCACGCAGGAACUUUGCUUCUCGCUUGUCAGAUGUAGCACCAUGCUCCUGUCAUCAGAUCCCAGCUAGGCUCCUGGCUGCACGGGAGAGAGGCUUCCUUAAGACAUUUGUCCUUGAAACUGCACCAAACUCUUGGAAGAACCCAGAACGUGAUGUUCCAGCCGCUGUUUAGAGAGUAGACUGAGGAGAGGCAAGGCCGGAAGCUAAGACACCCACUAGGAGGCAACAGCUCUAUUCCAGGAAGAGGUGACGGUGGCUUGGACCCCAGAGGCUUCUCUGCAGAAUGUCAAACAAAGAUCGACACAUUGAUUCCAGCUGUUCGUCCUUCAUCAAGACGGAACCCUCCAGUCCGGCCUCCCUGACGGACAGCGUCAACCACCACAGCCCAGGUGGCUCCUCGGACGCCAGCGGGAGCUACAGUUCAACCAUGAAUGGCCACCAGAACGGACUUGACUCGCCACCUCUCUACCCUUCCGCCCCCAUCCUCGGAGGCAGUGGGCCUGUCAGGAAACUGUAUGACGACUGCUCCAGCACCAUUGUGGAAGACCCCCAGACCAAGUGUGAAUACAUGCUCAACUCCAUGCCCAAGAGACUGUGUUUGGUGUGCGGGGACAUCGCCUCUGGGUACCACUACGGGGUCGCGUCGUGUGAAGCCUGCAAGGCGUUCUUUAAGAGGACGAUCCAAGGUAACAUAGAAUACAGCUGUCCUGCUACAAACGAAUGCGAGAUCACAAAGCGCCGGCGUAAGUCCUGCCAAGCUUGCCGCUUCAUGAAGUGUCUGAAAGUGGGCAUGCUGAAGGAAGGAGUGCGUCUUGACAGAGUACGUGGAGGCCGGCAGAAGUACAAGCGCAGAAUAGAUGCGGAGAACAGCCCCUACCUGAACCCCCAGCUGGUUCAGCCAGCCAAAAAGCCAUAUAACAAGAUUGUUUCCCAUUUGUUGGUGGCCGAACCGGAGAAGAUCUAUGCCAUGCCUGACCCCACCGUCCCCGACAGCGACAUCAAAGCCCUCACCACGCUGUGCGACUUGGCCGACCGAGAGCUGGUGGUGAUCAUUGGAUGGGCCAAGCAUAUUCCAGGCUUCUCCACUCUGUCCCUGGCCGACCAGAUGAGCCUCCUGCAGAGUGCUUGGAUGGAGAUUUUGAUCCUCGGUGUGGUAUACCGAUCUCUCUCGUUUGAGGAUGAACUUGUCUAUGCAGACGAUUACAUAAUGGACGAAGACCAGUCCAAGCUAGCAGGCCUGCUCGACCUAAAUAACGCCAUCCUGCAGCUGGUGAAGAAGUACAAGAGCAUGAAGCUGGAGAAAGAGGAGUUCGUCACCCUCAAAGCGAUAGCUCUCGCUAAUUCAGACUCCAUGCACAUAGAGGACGUGGAGGCCGUGCAGAAGCUCCAGGAUGUCCUGCACGAGGCGCUGCAGGACUAUGAGGCCGGCCAGCACGUGGAGGACCCGCGCAGGGCCGGCAAGAUGCUGAUGACGCUGCCGCUGCUCAGGCAGACCUCCACCAAGGCCGUGCAGCACUUCUACAACAUCAAACUGGAAGGCAAGGUGCCCAUGCACAAACUCUUUUUGGAAAUGCUGGAGGCCAAGGUCUGACUAACGGCCUCCUGGGCCGCCGUCUCCUCCUCCUGCACGCCCGCCGAGAAAGGGAAAAUAAACCCAAGCGUAAUGUGGAAGAAACGUAGAGCUUAGUCAACGCCAUCACCAUCCCCAAUCAGCAAAGACUGCACUGAUCACUUAGCAGCAAGACUAGGAAGCAGCUUUCAGAUUUCCCCUUUUUUUUCUUCUCAUUUCUCUUCCUCUUUCUCCCCCCUUCCCUCUCUUAUUCCUCCUUUCAUUUCUUGGUUACUGGUUCCUUCUCUCUCUCUCUCUCUCUCUCUCUCUCUCUCUCUCUCUCUCUCUUUCUCUCUCUCUCUCUCUCUCUCUCACCUUCCUUCCUUCCUUCCUUCCUUUCUUCCUUCCUUCCUUCCUCCUCCCUCCCUCCAUUCCUUUUCUGUCCUUUCUCUUCUCAUCCUUCUCCUUCUAAAUUUAAAUAGCUCUAGUAGUAAGUUUUUAUUUCCUUCCUUUUCCUCCCUUCCUUAUUCCCUCCCUCCCCCCUCUCUCCCUAUCUGCUGCUGAACUUUGAAAAGAGGUCUCUCAUUGAAGAGUGGUGGAAGCCAGCCCUGCCAAAGGAAGGAAAUCCAUAGUAUGGAUGCCAGUGAACUUGAUUGUGAACCGCAACGUCCCCCGUGACUGAGGAAUCAAAGAGAAAGUACCAAGGUAGCUCAAGUACAGUGCGACAGGAUCGACUGAGGGCAGUAUCAGAUUCCACGGAGCAGCCCCUCAUCAGACAACUUAAGCGACUUUGCGUCGGCUGCUUCUCACCAUCGCUUUUCCAUCUACAUCAGUUACAGCCAUUUGAUUCCUGAAUUGUUUUCUCAAAGUCUUCCAGGUAUUUGUUAGUUUAGCUACUAAGUAACUUUUUCAGGGAAUAGUUUAAGCUUUAUUCAUUCACGCAAUACUAAAGAGAAAUUAAGAAUACUGCAAUUUUGUGCUGGUGUCGAACAAUGACGGACAAUAAUGAAGGACACAUGAAUCCUGAAUGAAGGUUUUUUUUAAGAAAAACGUUUUGUUUCUUCUUACAAAAUGGAGAUUUUUUUUUGUACCAGCUUUACCACUUCUCAGCCAUUUAUUAAUAUGGGAAUUUAACCUACUCAAGCAAUAGUUGAAGGGAAGGUGCAUAUUCUCACGGAUGCAAUUUAUGUUGUGUGCCCGUCUGGUCCCAAACAUCAAGUUCUCAAGGCGAGCUCCAGGUUCCCUAAAUGUUCUCUGACGCGAAGGAAUGAGAUUACACCUGCAGUGGCUCUGGGUGGUCACCUGUCAUCUCUGCGCCCGAACUCCAGAUCCGUAGCAUUUUCAGAAGCGCACUUCUCCACCUGGGAGGUGCCAACGCCAUAAGAUUUCUAAAUGCUGUGGUGGUUAAGGAUGUACUACUGCCUAUCUGCAGAGUUACAGACCUUGUCCCAGAAGGAGCUUUGAGCCUGUCUUCAUUCAAGAGGCAAUAAUGCUAGAGUUGGAAGAACAACAACAAUAACAAAAAAAAAAAAACGUCAAAGAUGACGGAUGCCUGACCAAAUUCUUAAACCUCUUGAUAUGAGCUGAUUCACUUAGGAAUGUGGUUUUUAACCAAGAGCUAAGCCAAUACAGCUGCUUCUCAACCAGCGUUGUCCCAGGCAGAAAGUCAGUCAGGUUCCUGAUGGUGGAGAGGUGUAAUCUAAUGAAGGAAUCAAUUAGAUGCCCCCAAAACCUACAGUCGCCGAAUACCCAAGAAACAGUAACCUCCAUCAGAUGCUAUCCAACGGACCAGUGUUAGUAGCUGCUCCCUGUACCAUGUGAACAGUCUUCUUCUAUGUACACAGAUGUAAUUAAAAUUGUAACCCUAACAAACAAGAAGAGGUGUAGUUCAGCUUUUCAAUGUUUCAUGUUUGCUGUGCUUUCUCGGAGUUUUAUGUUGCAUUCAAAGACUGUCUGUCUUGUUCUUCUUGUGGUGUUUGGAUUCUCGUGGUGUGUGCUUUUAGACACAGGGUAGAAUUAGAGACAAUAUUGGAUGUACAAUUCCUCAGGAGACUUCCGUAGUAUAUUCUAUUCCUUACCCAUAAUAAGGUUCUUCCUAAUAAGAAUUAAGAGAUUGAAACUCCAAACAAGUACUCCUUAUGAACAGAUCCACAUCAAAAAUCAUAAUAUUUUCAAAACAAGGGAUAAUUUCUCUAAUGGUUUAUUAUAGAAUACCAAUGUAUAGCUUAGAAAUAAAACUUUGAAUAUUUCAAGAAUAUAGAUAAGUCUAAUUUUUAAAUGCUGUAUAUAUAUGGCUUUCACUCACUCAUCUCUCCCACGAUGUUGUUAUUAACUCGCUCUGUGUUGUUGCAAAACUUUUUUGGUGCGAAUACGUUUCCAAAACUCUUGCUACUUUGUGUGCUUUAAACAAAAUACCUUGGGUUGAUGGUUCGUCAACCUCAUGCUAGAAAUACUGUGUAUCUAUCAUUAGCUAUAUGGGACUAUAUUGUAGAUUGUGGUUUCUCAGUAGAGAAGUGAUUGUAGUAUGACUCUAGAUAAAUCAUCAUUAGCAAUUCAUUCAGAUGGUCAAUAACUUGAAAUUUAUAGCUGUGAUAGGAGUUCAGAAAUUGGCACAUCCCUUGAAAAAUAACAACAGAACAAUCCAACUCCUGGGAAAAUAAAAAGGUGCUGAUUCUAUAAGAUUAUUUAUAUAUGUAAGUGUUUAAAAAAAGAUUAUUUUCCAGAAAGUCUGUGCGGGGUUUAAGUUGCUACUUACUAUUCAACCACACUAUAUAUAAAUGAAAUAUAUACAAGAUAUACAUUGCUUUUACUGUAUCACAUUCAAGUACUUGGGCUUCAGAAGUAAGAGCCAACCAACUGAAAACAGGAGAUGGAGAUAUGUGGAAAGAAGAGAGGACGAUUUUAAGUUUUCAGUUUAAGUGAAACAUGUACCCAAUAACCAGGAAAUACAACGAACAAUACAGAUUUAGAAGUUCUGCAUGGGCUUCAGGGCAAAUACCCCGCUUAAUACCUCGCUUGAGGUAAGUCUUUUCGAGUUUCAGGCAAGACCAUUUACUUAAUGUGAAGUUUUGGGAAGUUAUAAAGGUGUAUGUUUUAGCUCUAUGAUUUUUAAUUUUGAUUUUUGUUUUCCAGUUGGUUCUUAUUUAAAGCAAUAUGAUUGUGUGACUACCUGCUGUUACUCUUGUGUUUCAAUCAGCUCAGAUUGUUGUAUUUAUUCCACUAUUUUGCAUUUAAAUGAUAACAUAAAAGAUAUAAAAAAUUUAAAACUGCUAUUUUUCUUAUAGAAGAGAAAAUGGGUGUUGGUGAUUGUAUUUUAAUUAUUUAAGCGUCUCUGUUUACCUGCCUAGGAAAACAUUUUAUGGCAGUCUUAUGUGCAAAGAUCGUAAAAGGACAAAAAAAAAAUUUAAACUGCUUAUAAUAAUCCAGGAGUUGCAUUAUAGCCAAUAGUAAAAAGAAUAAUAAUAAUGAUAAUAAUAAUAAUAAAACCAUGUCUAUAGCUGUAGAUGGACCUCACAUCUGUAAAGCAAUCAAUUGUAUAUUUUUGUGAUGUGUACCAUACCGUGUGCUCCAACCGAUGUCCAUUUGUGUAAAUGUAUUUAUUUUAUAUUGUAUAUAUUGUUAAAUGCAAAAAGGAGAUAUGAUUCUGUAACUCCAAUCAGUUCAGAUGUGUAACUCAAAUUAUUAUGCCUUUCGGGAUGAUGGUAGAGCAAUAUUAAACAAGCUUCCACUUUU